AUGUUUUUGAUAAACCAAGAGAAGUAAUUUGUUUGGGAAGAAGGUACCUAAAUGCUGAGAGCAAUUUAUUGGGAUAUUUCUGUGAAACCAUCUGAAUAAAAAACAACAACGCUACAAAUAACUUUUACAAAUAACUAAGAAAUUUAAUAUUCUAGAGAUGGAUCUAUCCUUAGAGUGUAAGUAUUAUAUUAACCUUUAUAGAGAUUUAAUCGAAGAUAUUUCAAGGAAGCCUGAAAUUUUAACAAAUUUAGAUUAAAUAUAAAAUUUAAAAUGGUGGGGAUAAUAUGGAAAAUUAAAUCAAAAGGUGGGAAAAUGGACAGCAACUUGGAACGGUGCAACUAUGAAAAAUGUAGGAGGAUAUUAUUCAAAUACAGGAAAUAAGUAAGGACAAUGGAUAACAUUAAUUGAAAAUUAUUGGUCGUAAGAUAUUCUCUCUUUUUUUAAGUUAAGCNUUAAGAAAGGAAAAAUAAAUUUAUGAGAGUAAUUAACCCUAAAGCAUUAUCACAAUAUUAUUUCCAGAUUAAUUCGUUGUACAAAUUGAAAUGUAGUGA